ACACUGUCUGUCGCCCUGGCAACGGGACGCCCAAACUCGCGCAGGGAGCCGUGGCGGUUUGUUGGCGGCCCGGGGGAGCAGUGUCAUGUCGAAACAAAAGAAUCAAAGUUACAAGGGCCAUGGAAAAGAAAAAGGAAAAGAGCGAGAGCAGAGAGCACUGAUCCGGUUCAAGACCACGCUCAUGAACACUCUCAUGGAUGUCCUACGCCGCAGGCCGGGUUGGGUGGAAGUCAAAGAUGAAGGCGAGUGGGAUUUCUACUGGUGCGACGUCAGCUGGCUUCGGGAGAACUUCGACCACACUUACAUGGACGAGCACGUGCGCAUCAGCCACUUCCGGAACCACUACGAGCUGACCCGCAAGAACUACAUGGUGAAGAACCUCAAGCGAUUCCGGAAGCAGCUGGAGCGCGAGGCGGGAAAGGCGGAAGCAGCCAAGUGCGACUUCUUCCCCAAGACCUUCGAGAUGCCCUGCGAAUACCACCUGUUUGUGGAGGAGUUUCGCAAGAACCCGGGAAUUACCUGGAUCAUGAAGCCCGUGGCACGCUCUCAGGGGAAGGGCAUCUUCCUCUUCAGGAAGCUGAAGGACAUCAUGGACUGGAGAAAGGGCACUGCCAGCAAGAAGCUGCCCAGCCUGGAGGCCCAGCCUGCUCGUGCCAAUACCAACCUUUCAAGUAGUCACGACACGAGGUGUUCUGAUGAUCAGAAAGAUGAGCUGCCCGUGGAGAACUACGUGGCUCAGCGGUACAUCGAAAAUCCCUACCUGAUAGGCGGCCGCAAGUUUGACCUGCGUGUCUACGUCCUGGUCAUGUCGUACAUCCCGCUGCGGGCCUGGCUGUACCGUGAUGGCUUCGCUCGGUUCUCCAACACGCGCUUCACGCUGACCAGCAUCGACGACCAUUAUGUUCACCUCACCAAUGUUGCUGUGCAAAAGACGUCUCCUGACUACCACCCAAAGAAGGGCUGCAAGUGGAUGCUUCAGCGCUUCCGGCAGUACCUGGCAUCAAAGCACGGCCCCGAGGCAGUGGAGAGGCUCUUCAGGGACAUAGACAACAUCUUCAUCAAGAGCCUGCAGAGCGUGCAGAAGGUGAUCAUCAGUGACAAGCACUGUUUUGAGCUAUACGGCUACGACAUUCUCAUUGACCAGGACCUCAAGCCGUGGCUCCUAGAAGUGAAUGCAUCUCCAUCCCUGACAGCCAGCAGCCAGGAGGACUAUGAGCUCAAGACUUGCCUGCUGGAGGACACCCUGCAUGUAGUGGAUAUGGAAGCCAGGCUCACAGGAAGAGAAAAGCGGGUUGGGGGCUUCGACCUCAUGUGGAAUGACGGCCCUGUCAGCAGAGAGGAGGGGCCUCCUGAUCUAUCAGGGAAUUCUGUGACCAACACACACCUUGGCUGCAUCAAUGAUCGGAAGAAACAGCUAAGACAGUUGUUCCGCUCUCUUCAAAUGCAGAAGAAAAUUUCCAGCUGACCCUAUCCGGAGAAAAGAGGCCCUGGCAGGUGUGACCCUGGCCUCUCCCCACAGUGUACCCCAUGGCACUCACCUCCCUCCCUCUUCCACACCCAGUUUUACUGGAUAAGCAACUUCUGCUUGCUACUUGGACCACCCUCUUAGAUUCCCCAACCCACCGUCAUUGUACCAGGAGACAGUCAACCUCGGCUUGGCUUGGUGACUGGGCCUAGAGACCACCUCUAAUAAAGCACAGAUCCCCCCUACA